UACCAACGCCUUUCUUUGAGGCAGAGUAUCUCAGUUGCUGCUGUGGAAGGAGCAACCGGGGGUUUGUCUUGCCUUUCCUUCCCGAACUGCCUGCCAAAACCCCGGCCAAAGCCUCCAUGCCAGAAGAUGCGCAGACCUGGAUGAAGAAUACAAUUCAAGGGCAUUGGCUCCAUCCUUGGUUCUACAAUCCACAGCCGCUGCUCUCGCUUCUGCCUUGAGCACCCAGCGGGAUGAGGGAUGCGCGCCUUCCAGAACCGGCGCCUCCGACCUUCGAAGGGGGUCGUUAACUUCGUUGGGGAUCCGUUCUUUUUUCCGCCUUCCUUUUGCCUUAGCGGCCAGCAGGAUAAGCUACUUUUCUCGGGAAUGGCAAGUUUUUGACUUUUCCUGCUAGGAAGCCCCGCACGAAUUUCUGCAGGAUGGGGUGAUGUUGCGCGUUUAGCCACGAGAGGGAUUUUGCCCAUUGGCUCCUUUUGGUUACGGGAUUAAGAAAAGGGCUCCCAACGACAGAAUUUCGACUCAAUUUCGGAUUUAAAGGAAGAAGCUUCCGGUCCACUCAAAGGGCGCCCGCCAGACGUUGUAUAACCUUAGGGCUUGCUGCGGUUCUUUCUCACCCUUUUACUCGGUGCUCGCGCUUUUCCUGGGCGAGCGAAUUGAAACGUUUCGGGCGCCUCCGCCUCCUCCUCCUCGCCCAUCGCAGGUGGCGGCGGCCGCGGCGGCGCUUCGCUGAGGGAAAAAGAAGACAGCGCAGCCGCCUUGCUUGCUUUCCCGCCUGCCCGCCCCAGCUGGCCUCAGGAGCAGCAGUUAGCAGCGGCGGCGGCGGCAGCAGCAGGCGCGCGCGCUCUUGCCGGCGAAGGGAGGAGAGGCGAGGAAAGAGAAGGGAGCGCGGCGGCGGCGGCUGUCACAGUACCGUCUCUUAGCGGGGCAAGGCUGCCAAGCUGAGGUGGCCGCACCAGAGAGCGCCGCUGCCGACCCCGUCGUGAGGAUAAGGGAGCGGGAUAGAGAUUCAGCCAGACGUCAGCCUCGGCUAGAGAAAAGAGCCAGCCUCUCGGAGCACGCCAGCGUGUGUGUGUGGCGUGUGUGUGUGUGGCGUGUGUUCGCGUGAGAAAGAGCUCGCCUCGCUCGGAGCGUUUGGCGAAGCACGGGAGUUUCGCAGUCGUCGGAGAGGGAGGCGGCGGCGAAAAGGACGCGGCGGCGACGGCAAGAUGCUGCAAUUGGGCAAGGUCAGGACCUUGCAUUGAAGCAGCCCGGGGGGCGCGCAGCCACCUCCCUCCAGCCCACCUUGAGGAUUUGCCUUUUGUUGUUGGUAUAUGCUCGGGAAGCAGCAAGCAAGGGCGACGGCGUUGGGAGCUAUGCCUGUUCCUGACCAGCCAUCGUCAUCGGACAAGACAAGUUCCCUUAGCCCCGUGUUGAAUACAUCGAAUGGAGAUGGAUCUGAAACAGAAACCACGUCUGCCAUUCUGGCAUCAGUCAAAGAACAAGAGUUACAGUUUGAAAGGCUUACACGAGAACUUGAGGCUGAACGUCAGAUUGUCGCCAGCCAGCUGGAGAGAUGUAAACUUGGAUCUGAGACUGGAAGCAUGAACAGCAUUAGUUCAGCUGAAGAACAAUUUCACUGGCAAACACAAGAUGGUCAAAAGGAUAUAGAAGAUGAGCUUACAACUGGUCUUGAACUUGUGGACUCUUGUAUUAGAUCUCUACAAGAAUCAGGAAUACUUGAUCCACAGGACUAUUCAACUAGUGAAAGGCCCAGCCUUCUAUCCCAGAGUGCACUUCAGCUCAAUUCCAAAUCGGAAGGAUCUUUCCAAUAUCCAUCAAGCUAUCAUAGCAACCAGACCCUAGCCCUUGGAGAAGGAACAGCAUCCCAGCUCCCAGCCCGCAGCAGUCAAGCUAGAGCUUCUCUACAGAACUAUGGUCAGGGCACCACUGGCCGGACUGCCCACCUCGCCACUUCGGAGCCGCCGCCACUCCCGUCGCAGUCGCUGCCCAGGGAGACCUUCGCGCCCAGCCAUGGGAGCGCUUUCCACUUGCCGGACUCCUCCUGCUCCUCCUCCUCGCAGCAGCCACACUCGCCGGCCCUCUACUACUCCAGCUCCACGCUGCCGGCGCAGAGAGUGAGCUCGCCCUUGUCCAUGCAGCAGGUGGGCUCGCCUACCAAGCUCCAGCGGGCGGGCUCCGCCUCCGAGAGCGGCGGCGGCUACGGCACCACGCAGCGGGUUUCCUCCCCCAAGCAGUCGCCCAGCCGCCUCGCCAAGUCCUACAGCACCAGCUCGCCCAUCAACAUCGUCGUCUCCUCGGCGGGGCUCUCGCCUUCCCCGAUCCGGGUCACCUCCCCUCCCACCAUCCAGUCCAACAUCUCCUCUCCCAUUCAUCAGCUGAGCUCCACCAUCGGCACCUACGCGACCCUCUCGCCCACCAAGAGGUUGGUCCACCCUUCCGAGCAGUACAGCAAACAUUCCCAGGAACUAUAUGCCACGGCCACUUUGCAGAGACCCGGAAGCCUAGCAGCUGGAUCCCGGGCUUCAUACACAAGUCAACAUAGCCACCUGGGCUCAGAACUAAGGGCACUACAAUCUCCAGAGCAUCACAUAGAUCCUAUUUAUGAGGACAGAGUAUAUCAGAAGCCGCCUAUGAGGAGUCUCAGCCAGAGUCAGGGAGACCCUCUUCAACCAGCACAUACAGGCACAUAUCGCACUAGCACAGACCUGGUUAACCAUUUCUGUGAACAGGUCCUCAAUUUUUUACUUUGUCCCUACUUUCCUGUCGUAGCCCCAUCUUCCCCUGGUGUCGACUCCGUACCCUUACAGCGCACAGGCAGUCAACUCGCCACACAGAAUGCAUCAGCGACCUUCCAGAGGGCCAGCUAUGCUGCCGGCCCUGCCUCCAAUUAUGCAGAUCCCUACCGACAGCUGCAGUAUUGUCCUUCUGUUGAAUCACCAUACAGCAAAUCUGGACCAGCCAUCCCACCUGAGGGAACCUUGGCUAGGUCACCUUCUAUUGAUAGCAUUCAGAAAGAUCCCAGAUCUUUCAUGAACACUUUUUCCUGGAUGAAGGUUGCCUCCAAUAAGAUUUCAAAUACGCAUUCAAAUGUAGAGUUUGGAUGGCGAGAUCCGGAACUUCCAGAAGUUAUUCAGAUGUUACAGCAUCAGUUCCCCUCUGUACAAUCUAAUGCUGCUGCUUAUUUACAGCAUUUAUGCUUUGGCGACAAUAAGAUAAAAGCUGAGAUAAGAAGACAAGGAGGGAUACAAUUACUGGUGGAUCUAUUGGACCAUCGAAUGACAGAAGUCCACCGUAGUGCCUGUGGGGCUCUGAGGAACUUGGUAUAUGGGAAAGCUAAUGAUGACAACAAAAUUGCUUUGAAAAACUGUGGGGGUAUUCCAGCACUAGUACGAUUACUCCGAAAGACUACAGAUUUGGAAAUCAGAGAACUGGUCACAGGAGUUCUCUGGAAUUUAUCUUCUUGUGAUGCACUGAAAAUGCCAAUUAUCCAGGAUGCUCUAGCAGUGUUGACCAAUGCAGUGAUCAUUCCUCAUUCUGGAUGGGAAAAUUCCCCCCUUCAGGAUGACCACAAAAUUCAACUUCAUUCAUCACAGGUGCUGCGCAAUGCCACUGGGUGCCUAAGGAAUGUCAGCUCUGCUGGAGAAGAAGCUCGGAGAAGAAUGAGAGAAUGUGACGGACUUACUGAUGCAUUGCUUUAUGUGAUUCAGUCUGCUCUAGGAAGCAGUGAAAUUGAUAGCAAGACCGUUGAAAACUGUGUGUGCAUUUUAAGGAACCUCUCAUAUAGACUCGCUGCAGAAACAUCUCAGGGACAGCAAAUGGGGACUGAUGAACUUGAUGGUUUACUUUGUGGUGAUGCCAAUGGGAAAGAUACUGAAAGUUCUGGAUGCUGGGGCAAGAAAAAGAAGAAAAAGAAAUCUCAAGAUCAGUGGGAUGGAGUUGGUCCUCUCCCUGACUGUGCAGAACCACCAAAAGGAAUCCAGAUGCUAUGGCACCCAUCCAUAGUCAAACCCUACCUCACACUUCUCUCUGAGUGCUCAAAUCCAGAUACACUGGAAGGGGCAGCUGGUGCACUACAGAAUUUGGCUGCAGGUAGUUGGAAGUGGUCAGUAUAUAUCCGUGCUGCAGUACGGAAAGAAAAAGGCCUGCCUAUACUAGUAGAACUUCUUCGAAUAGACAAUGAUCGGGUGGUAUGUGCGGUUGCAACAGCUUUACGGAAUAUGGCCUUAGAUGUCCGAAAUAAAGAACUAAUAGGCAAGUAUGCCAUGCGGGACCUGGUUCACCGGCUUCCAGGAGGUAACAACAGUAACAGUUCAGCAAGCAAAACCAUGUCUGAUGAUACCGUAACUGCCAUUUGCUGCACCUUGCAUGAAGUCAUCACAAAAAAUAUGGAAAAUGCCAAGGCCUUACGAGAUGCAGGAGGAAUUGAGAAACUUGUUGGCAUUUCCAAAAGUAAAGGAGACAAGCACUCACCAAAAGUAGUGAAGGCAGCAUCUCAGGUCUUAAAUAGCAUGUGGCAAUACAGAGAUCUGAGAAGUCUAUACAAAAAGCGGGUGGCCCCAGACUUCAGAGUGGCUGAGGACAGAGGAUUUUCACCUACCCAUCAUUCUGAGUCAUGGCACGCUCAGCAUUCCCUCUCCCAGAACCAAGAAACCAGAAUCUAUUCCCAGACCCAGGAUGGAUGGUCACAGUAUCAUUUUGUAGCUUCAUCAUCAACGAUAGAGAGGGAUAGGCAAAGACCGUAUUCUUCCUCACGCACACCUUCCAUCUCUCCGGUGCGCAUGUCUCCCAACAAUCGUUCAGAUGGAUUUAUCCAGCAUUCUGACCCAUUGCCUAGAGGAAAAACUAAGAUCUUACAGAAGGCCAAUAGACCAACAGGGCCUGAAGCAGUGCUUUACAUUCAACCAAGCAAUUCAGCAAGUGCCCCAGCCUCCCCUCGGGAAAUGAUCAGUUUAAAAGAAAGAAAAACAGAUUAUGAGUCAACUGGAACAAAUGCUACUUACCAUGGGAAUAAAGGAGAGCAUACUUCUAGAAAAGACACCAUGACAGGUCAGAACUCUGGAAUCUCUACUUUGUAUAGAAAUUCUUACGGUGCACCUGCUGAAGAUAUCAAACACAACCAAGUUUCAACACAGCCGGUCCCACAGGAGCCCACAAGAAAGGAAUACGAACCAUAUCAGCCAUUUCAAAAUUCAUCAAGAAACUAUGAUGAGUCCUUCUUUGAAGACCAAGUGCAUCAUCGCCCACCUGCCAGCGAGUACAAUAUGCACCUGGGACUCAAGUCCACUGGCAACUACGUUGAUUUCUAUUCUGCUGCUCGGCCCUAUAGUGAACUCAAUUAUGAAACAAGCCACUAUCCAGCCUCUCCAGAUUCCUGGGUUUGAGAUUUGGGCAAGAAAAAAAGAAGAGGGCCAGGAACUGUGCAUGUGCAUGCAUAUCACAAGACAUUCUUUUCCUGCAAAUUUAGUUUGUUAAAGCCUGUUCCGUAGGAAGGCCCUAAUAUUCAGUCUGGAACAAUUAAGGUAUCUUUAGAUGGCUAAAAGAAUGGGAAACUAAGCGUGGGAGUGUUAUUAGAAAGAGUGGGAUGUGUAUCUAUUUCUGUAUCUAUAGAAUCCUAUCUCUUAAAUAUAGAUAUAGAAAUAUACUGGGGGGAGGGCAGCUUUGCAGUUGACCUUGUAAUGUAGAGUUUAAAACAAAUAGUACUGUACACUGAAUGUGGCUGAAGGAAGUUAGGGAAGUUACAACCACUGAAGUGAGUCCAGAGUUAAGCACAAGAAAAUGAACAGUUUACAAACCUUAUGGGGGACAGCUUCUCACCCUUUGUUUCCUCUCUUCAUCCAUUGUGAAUUUAGGCUUCAAGUUGCAUUUGGGAUUUCCUCUGUACAGCAAGAUGUUUCUUGCCUUUUGUUAAUGCAUUGUUGUAAAGUAUUUGAUGUACAUUACAGAUUUAAAAACCAGAGAGAAAGAGAGAGCAAAGUGCAUUGUGUAUAUUACAUCAAUGCCACAGUGUUUCUUCAUCUAUGGUUCUAAAUAUUGCUUCAAUUACACAACUUUGAAAUAUGUAUGAAUUUCCAAGGGUAGGGGUGGGGUUUUUUCUUUUUUCUUUUUCUUUUCCUUUUUUCUUUUCCCCAGUAUGUUUUAACAGGAGAAAACAAAAACUGAUAUUUAGCAGUAUUGUUCGUUCUGAUAUGUGAAUUUGUUUGUGGCAACUAAAAAAAAAAAGGCAUUCAGCAGUUUCUGACAAUUAACAUUCAUCAUUCCACACUCCUUGUCAACAAAGUGCUUUUUCACUGCCUAAAAUUUUAGAUGUAGAUAUUUGAAAUAGAUUUUUUUCAUUUAUACCAGUUUUCUUUAUGAUGAUACAGUGUUAAAAGAAAAUAAAUUACAAUUGAUCUGUCA